GCUCGCGCUCAUCAUCAGCUCAUCGCCCAGUGCUUUGUAAUUUUAUUCUCGCCGCAACCGCGAUGCUGCUAAGUGCGCGGUGUGCUCGUCCUCGGCCUCCGUGCUAUGUUUCGAGAUGCGUUUCUAUCAGAGAAUCCUUCUGUCGCUGUUUGUCUGCAUGCCAUGGCUGCUGCUCCUGACGUGCACUGAUUUUCAACGGCUAUGGUUGCCAUCGAGGAAUCAUCGGGCUUCUAGUACAAUCUCCUCACCAUUGCCAGUCCGAAAUGAAAACCUCACAAGAGCAGCGGCGUUGCGCGUCACGCGCCUGGAGAAGCGCCCACUGCUGGUGAGGUUUGGGUGGUACGUGGACGGCACGAGCCCUGUGCAUUUCGGGUAUGGUGGCACGUCAGCAAUGACAAUCUUCUCUCCGCAUGGUUUUGAAGAAACAACCGGCAAUCACUGGGAUCUUCUAUGGACGAUGGUUCCGCAAUGGGAGAACAUGGCGAAAACGGGCAACCAUCACUACAAGCCAAGGCCAUGGCAGGUCCACAACCACUGCCUGGGACUGAAGAACAACGAGGGAAUGGCUGGUACGAAGGAAUCACAGUGGAAGCAUGUCUGGCAGAUGCAGCUGCGGUAUGGCGAGGAGGAGUUUGGCUUUAUGCCGGAAACAUUGGUUCUACCAGAUGACGAAACAAAGAUCAAGGAGCGUCUUCGCUCAUCGCCGCAACCCUGGAUCUUGAAGCCGUCAAUUGGGAAGCAAGCACUUGGUGUGAAAAUCGUUACAAAUCGCAAGCAGCUGCCAAGUUUCCGACAGAAGGAGAAUGCUGGGAAGAGGUUUGUCCUGCAGCGCUACGUCACUGAUCCGCUUCUCGUACUUGGCCGGAAGUUUCACAUGCGCCUCUACUUGGUCUUAACAAGCCUGUCUCCUCUACGAGUACUGGCACACGAUGAGGGACUGGUGCUGUUUGCUGUGCACAAUUACUCCUUGGAUGCAGGCACGUUUGAAGACAUGAAAGUGCACCUGACCAAUUCGGCCGUUGCUGACCGAAACAAGGCGCAAGGCUCGCUGAAUGGGUGGCUCUUGAGCACACUGUGGAAGCAUUUGACGUUGGUGAUUGGCCACAGCGCAGUCCAGUCGAUGCAAAGAGAUAUUGACGAUGCAUUUGUCAAGCUGGCACUCAGCGCCCAGUUGGAGAAUGGCGGAUUUGAGCAGCGGCGCUCCGGCGGAUGUUUUGAUUUGCUCGGCGUUGACGUGCUGGUUGACAGCAAGCACAGAGUACAUGUGAUGGAGGUCAACGUUGGCCCAGAGGUUGUAUCCCAGGAUCCAAGUACACACGAGGCCAACGAGCUUGCUCACAAAGCCGUGCUUACAGAUCUUGUACCGCUGGCGGCCAUGACUGACUCUCCGGAGAAUGUAAAGAAAGGCUUUGAAGAAAAACUUCUUCAGUUCAUGGAUGAGCAUAAGCAAUCGCUUUGUGCCCCAAACGCCUUUGUCCUGGAGACCGCUAACUGCCUCACGACGCAGGAUGUGGAGGAUCUGUGGAGGCUGCACAGAGAGACUGUACUUCUAGGUCAUUUCCGCCGGCUAUAUCCAGCGCCAGGUACAUCGAGCAAGUAUACACAGUACUUCCAUGCUGGAUUGGAUCCACGCAACUACUGGGCAUUGAAAUGGGUCGACGACUACUACUCGGUGACUUGAGAAACUAUGAUCUUGAAUGAGUCAGUGGUUCUUUGAUCUCGGGACAAUUGGCUACAGUAUCUCAAUCGAGGCUACGGGUCGGGGACUCUGGCUAUCAGCCACACGUCUUCUCUGAAUCAAGUUGGCUUGCUGCUGCAAUGCUACCCGAAUGUCGACUGCUAAUGGCCCGCUAUGCAGGGAAGCAAACGGAGCUAAGGCACAAUCAGGCAGCCGUGCCGGAUCUGAGCCGGGAGUGAAGGCAGCAAUAAUACAGUACCCACACCGUGAUGUGGAACAUCCUAUGUGCCAACAUAUCUCCUUCAGCUGCAUCAUUACAUGAAGGGGUAGUGACUAUCGAGUUUUCCAACUGAACAGCUAUCUUCAGCUUCUCGUUGAUUCACUAUUCUUCCCCCUUUUUGUUUUCUAUCAUUUUUAAGCGAAUUCUUUAUCUGGUGCAGUCUGCCUCGUAACACAAUGUGUCCGCUCUGGCUGGAGAGACACAGACAAGUCAUGACGAGGACAGGCUGCUUCUGUUAACAUGUGAAGAGAUCAUCCGGUGCACUGCUACUUGUAUAUUAUUCUACUGACUACAGCAUGCCGGUACUUCGGACUACACAGUAGUUGCUCAACUAGUAUAGCACUACUCUGCCAUUUUGCUCUCAUUCCCAGCUGCUGGUUUCGUCAGUUUACUUGGCCUGACAUGAGCAUGUUCGGUAUCGACCUUGACACUUAGCUGAUCAGGCAAUUCCUUUGUAUGGAAACUUCCAUCAAAGUGUGUGUUUU